GGGAAGGUGUAUCAUUUCAUUGUUACGGAUAGAUGAUUUGUAUAUAAAAGGUUGCGGAAAAUAAGCCCGUUAUACUUGUAUACUACAUCAAUGCUGUAAAACAGAUUCGUAGGCUAACCAUAACAUAUGUUGACAAAUUGGAAGUCAAAAGCAUUUUAAAAUAAAACAAAAAUGCCAAAAUCUUUCCUAAUUAAGAAAUAUAAUAAGAGGAAUAGAAGUUUGUGUUGUGCCAAAUUACGAACAUUUCGGGAUGAAGAUAAAACAGAUGAUAGUACGUUAAAUGUAGCUGUCUCAAGCCAAGAUGAUUUGAAUCUUAAGGAUAAUGUCAUUAGAGAUGUUUGUCCCGAUAUUGCAUCUAGACCAGAUUUGGGAGAAUGCCAGCUACGUACAAUUUCUGAAGAACAUGUCUAUGAAUGCACUACUGAAUGUCAAUCUUUGGUUCCAAAGCAGCAAGAUAUGCCAAUUAUAAAGAAACCCGAGAGACAACGAAUGUUUCUACCAUUGAUUCCGGAUUCUGAUCUUUAUCACUAUGUCCAACACCCGCCUAAAAUGAACAUCUACAGUCCUGUGUCGCCAUUAUCUAUAUUCCCAUUUAGACAACAUGAACUGUGUUCGCCUAUGUCUACUUCCCCGUCGUCUAUACCAAGUCCAUGCUCUGAUGUAUCCAUGGAGUAUGACAGCCUUACCAACAGACUAACUCCUGAUAUAUGUACAGAUAACCUAUACAGAAAAAAAGAUAUUGAUCUCAAAAUAUUACCGGGUGUAGAGCUUGUAAACGGAGGUUACGGAAUAAAGAAUCCGUUAUUGGCACAUGUUCCACAAGAUCUGACGACAGGUCAUGUUAAACAGACCAAAGACAACAAAUAUAUAUGCCGUAUGUGCAAUAAGGAAUUCAGUUUACAAAGACUACUAAACAGACAUUUGAAGUGUCAUAGUGAGGUGAAGAGAUUUCUAUGUACGUUCUGUGGGAAAGGAUUCAAUGACACGUUCGAUCUGAAACGACACACGAGAACACAUACGGGUGUGCGACCUUAUAAAUGUGACAGAUGUGGUAAAGCUUUUACACAGCGAUGCUCUUUGGAAUCUCACGGUAAAAAAGUCCACGGUGUCAGUUAUACAUUUGUACAUAAACAACGCAGAAGGAAGUUGUACGUUUGUGAAGACUGUGGUAAUGCAGAGAGCGAUCCAGGAUUACAUUACCUCCAUCUUAAAAAAUUUCAUCCUCAUAAUCCUGUGCUGAUGAAGUUCUAUGAUAAACGCCAAUUUAAGUUCGAUGCAGAUAUCCAAUGCAAUGGAACAAGAUGUUACGAACAAUCAAGGGACUAAAUAUAUUUAUAUUUAAAUGUGUGAUCAAGUUUACGUGGUGAUAGUAUGCAAUGCUGAAAUGUAUGUGGUUCUAUAUUAAAUCUCUCAUGUCUAAAAUCAAAUCAGCAACCUGAAAUUUAAGACUUGUUUCUUAACCGUUUGUAGAAAAGUUAGUACAUUUUUUAGUUACUUUCUUAGACGAUCAUAUAGAAAUAUGGUCGCUUUGUACACGACAUUUCAAUGGUUAUAUUUUUCAAAUAUGGUGACUUUAUUAUCGCUGGGUUACGUCUUUUACUUUAAGUUGCUGUAGGAUAUGACUUUGUAAUCGGGUGAAGGAUGAUGCAUGUAUGACUAGGUGGCGCUUACCCUGUCGACGCAGCUGGUAUCGCAUCAUUUGGGGUUCAUGCGAAUCCAAUUGUUUCCACUCCCAUAUCUGUUUAAACCUAGACUUGCGUUGCUUUAAGGUAGUAUGGGGGUAUUCCGCCACCUUGGAUCGUAAAAUAGCAAUAAAACGAUCAGUCUAGAUUUUCAAUUAAAAAUUUUAAUUUCAAAGCAAGGAUGCAAUUAAUUUGUAAGAUUUUUCAUUUGAAUUAAGAAAAUUGUGUGAUUUAUCUUAUUAUUAAUACUGUUUUUACAAAAACAGAAUAUUUUUUAUUGAUUAAAAAAAUAUAAACCUCAGCCUUGUAAGGGGAGAUAACUCACAUAAUCAUUUUCUAUAAUGGAACGUUAAAUAAAUUUUUCUACUUGGUGAAAUAGCAAGCAAAAUAAAGUAUUUUAUAACAACAUUUGAAAAGAGCUAUUUUAUAAAUCUUUUUUUUUAGUUUUCUUUCAAUUCACAUAAUCAUGCCUUUUCCUUGUAUAAUCCUUUACACAAUUUGAAUAUUGUUUUACAACAUUUAGCUAUAAAACAAUUUCGGUGACCUUAAAUUGUUAUUUUAUUUUUGAAAAUGGCACGACAUGAACAACAUUUUGGAAAUGUAUGAAAUAAAUUUGUCAUUUAUUUCUUACAUCCCAUACUAUCUUAACAAACAUCGCUGUACCGCCGUCAUAUUUACAUAUCCACAGAUACAAAGUGUUGACAGCUAUUUUUUUUCCAUUUCAUUCAGCGUUUUCCAUUUAGCACAGAAGUGCUAAUCAUUGGUGCAAUAUGCAAUUUUAUCAUCAAACGGAUCCCGUGCAAUUCGCAGGUCUGUGUGCAAUAGUUUGAUUUCACACUUGCAAGUUUUAUCAACAAUGUAAAUAUAUAUUCGUAUGUUUUAGAGUAGAUCUCCUCAAUUACCACAUCGUUUUGACCUCCAAUCAACAAUAAUCUUUUUGCUGUUGAGUGUUUUUGUUGGAACUUUCUAUGUAUCAACAAUGCUAGCACUGUUCUACUGUUCAAUCUUCCAUUUCCAAGUAUUCCAUUGGUGUCUUAUCCCAUACAUAUUCACCCUAUAUUCAUUCUUUUCGAAGUUUGAUUUCUUUACACGUACACAUUUAAAUGAUGUAUCACAAGUAUGGAAAUGAGUAUCAAAAUAACGUUUCAUAUGCUCGCUCACAUGCAUGCACGUCCAUGGAUGUUAAUUACCGAAUUGUGUUCAAAUAAGGAUGCCACCAGCUGCAUGUUCUGUAGAAUAAUAUACAUGUGGUAUGACUAAAUCAUAAUAUACAUGUGGUAUGACUAACUCAUAAAAUACAUGUGGUAUGACUAAAUCAUAAUAUACAUGUGGUAUGACUAAAUCAUAAUAAUAUACAUGUGGUAUGACUAAAUCAUAAUAUACAUGUGGUAUGACUAAAUCAUAAUAUACAUGUGGUAUGACUAAGUCAUAAUAAUACGCAGCCAUAUUUUUCAGAGCAAAACAAGACAAUUAUUCAAAUGGAAAUAACUCAAACCUUUUAUCAGUUGAAAAAACCUUAUUGCAAUAUUAGCACACUGUACUGAAGCAAUCAAUUAGCAUAAACUGACAUUCUUCCUGUAAUACAUGUAAUUGUACAUAAUCUUUUUGUUAUCUACCUCUAAUACUAUUAAUUAGAAGAUAUAUCAUUGAUAAAUGAUGUAUUUGAUAAAUGAAAAUAAUUUUUAUAAAACAAAUACUAUAUUUUACAGUGUACAUUUUAUUUUACAGAACUAUUUUUAUACAAAUAUUGUAACUACAUAAAACUUUUUUUCAUUGAAUAUCUCUGUAUGGACAGAGCUCAGAUUAGUUUUUUUUCUAUAGUAAUAUAAACAUUUCAUUUGUCAUAGUUUGUAUAUUUCUGUAAAUAAUUUGCUCAAAUGUAAAUUUAAAUAUUUAUACAUGUACAUAUACAGUUUGUUGAACCUUGAAUAAUAUUUUAUUGUUUGUUUGAAGAAUUAACUUAAAUUUUAAUGAAAAUGUAAUAAAUAUUAAAGAAUAUUUUAA